GGUGCCGUGCCCUGCGCGUAGCCGCGGGCGGCGGGGGAAGCGGCGGCGGCAGCAAGAUGGCGGUGGCGGGGAAAGGAGUGUCGGCCGCCGUGAAGCCGAUCUUCAGCCGAGACCUGGGCGAGGCGAAGCGGCGCGUCAGGGAGCUGUACCGGGCCUGGUACCGCGAGGUGCCCAACACGGUGCACCUGUACCAGCUGGACAUCACGGUGAAACAGGGGCGWAACAAGGUGCGGGAAAUGUUCAUGAAGAAUGCCCACGUUACGGAUCCACGGGUGAUAGACAUGCUGGUUAUUAAGGGGAAAAUGGAGCUUGAAGAAACCAUUCAUGUCUGGAARCAGAGGACUCAUGUCAUGAGGUACUUCCAUGAGACGGAAACCCCGCAACCUAAAGACUUUCUGUCCAAAUUCUAUGCGGGCCACAAUCCCUGAGAAAUUGACUUUGUGUGUUCCUGCCUUAUAUUACAAAUAAAGUUCUAUACAAUAGAAAAAAAAAAAAAUCCAAAGAGAUUCUCUAGCAUAUUAGGAGCCUAAUGACUAGAUGAAUCCAGAGCAUGUGCAAAUGAUGAUCUGUUUGAAGAGCUGUAAUUUCCUAGUUUUGCCAGUGUGUAUUUUCAGUGGAUGGCAUUUGUGCCAUCACUGGCCCUGGCGUGUUUCCUGAAUAACCGCGACACAUCUUCGCUGUGGGGCUUUGUGCUUAGCCUGCAGCCCAAUCUAUGGCUGGUAGCUCUGUGAGGAAGAGAGCUGGCCUUCAGAAAAGCCACUGUACUCAUUGAAUUAUUCUUGUGCUUAUCUGUAUUCAUGGAGUGUCUUUAAAUUUCAUGCUAUGA